CUCCAGUUUAGGUAGGUAAGAAGACGGCGGUGCGUUGCGUGUUCAAAUUGUGUGUUAAAACAAUUCUUUGCUUAUAAAAGAAUGUACGGUGUUAAGACCGAAUAAUAAUAUAGUAAUAUCGAAGCUGCAUAUGGUGCUCUCCUUCUGUUCCGUUCUUAAUGUUCCCCGCUGUCAUCCGCAGUAUUUGGCCCGCCUCUGCCCGUCUUGCCAUACGCCAACCCCUGGGACACUUUAGACUGCACAUGGACCCAGACGUAAGCCGGCCCAUUGAGAGGGCUAUCAGAACCAAACUGACCGACACACUGAGGCCAGACCACUUGGAAGUGCACAAUGAAAGUCACAUGCACGCUGUGCCCCCUGGUUCUGAGAGCCACUUCCGCGUGCUGGUCGUGAGCUCCCAGUUUGAAGGAUUGCCGCUAAUUCAGCGCCAUCGUCUGGUUAACGAAACUUUGAAGGAUGAGUUGAAGAGCUAUGUCCAUGCACUGGCAAUACAGGCCAAGACUCCUCAGCAGUGGGCCACUAACCCGACCUUAGCCAAAAGCCCACCCUGCAUGGGAGGAUCAAGGGGAGAUAAUACUGUAGAGGAGAAACAGAAAGCUGGACGAGAAUGAGCUGGUGGACUGUAAAAUGUUGGAAUCUGCAGGUGAAGGUUAUCACUUGAGACUGGAUAAAAAAAAGAUGGGUUACGGGAGAUCAUUUUAGAGUUUCUCCAUUCAUUUUCAGAUUGU